UCAUCUGAGUGUGUCACCCGGUGAAAAGAUCCAAUCACGUUACGGUUCAUCUUCUGGAUCAAACCCUCCCCCUGCUGGCGAAUCUAUGAAUUGCUGCAGAAUUCCACACACUUCUCUUUGUGGACCGCAGGCUUCACUUUGAUACAUGGUAACCAGGAUCUCACUUACGAAGUAUUUAUACGUAUAGGCUAUAUAUUAAAUGUAUAUGACUUUUGCACUGUUGAUAUUUUGAGUGUGUAAUUGUCCACGUCGACAGUCAAAAUGUUUAGAGUUACGCGGUGACUCAUUCCGGCACAACUUCAUUUUUUGUUAUGUUUCUUUACUUUAUUUAUUUAUUUUAUCUUCCCCUUUUCCUGUAGUAAGCGCUCGAGCUUUCCUCUCCAGAUCAUUUCUCCCUCGCCUGCUUUAAGUUUAUGAACAUUCUCUCCACAAAUCACGCCUCCAUCUUUGGAUGAGUUUGCCACAGCGGAAGUUGUUUUGGUCAGGUUUGGAUUCGUUCUUGGAAAAAGCCAACUCCUACAUGAAGUAAGGGGGCUGAAAAUUUGGGAAAGCCCUGAUUUUUUUUUUCUUCCCCCCUUUCUUUCUUUUUCUUGGAGUGCUGACGCGUACAGCGGAUACGAGCCGCCGCUGAGAACCGCCGUGGACUGUUUGCCCUCGCAGCCUCUCCACCAUGUUUCUCCGCUUUCUAGUCUUAGGGGCCUUGCUUUUCCAGGCCGAGUGCUACUUUUCGGAGGAGAAGUAUCCCGAGGAGUCGAAAAUGCAGCCUCCCACCGUGGUCAUCGCAAUCAUAGCCAGAAACGCGGCGCAUUCGCUGCCGUACUACCUCGGGGCUCUGGAGAGGCUCAACUACCCCAAAGAUCGCAUCUCUGUGUGGGCUGCCACAGAUCACAACUCGGAUAACACCACAGCCAUCCUGAAAGAGUGGCUGACUGUCAUGCAGAAAUAUUACCAUUAUGUCGAGUGGAGACCGAUGGAGCAGCCCACGUCUUAUGCGGGAGAGCUGGGUCCUAAGCACUGGCCCAACAGCAGAUAUGAGUAUGUAAUGAAGCUCAAGCAGGCAGCGCUCAACUUUGCCAGGAAACGCUGGGCCGACUACAUCCUGUACGCCGACACAGACAAUAUCCUCACCAACCCAGACACCCUGAACCUGCUCAUUGCAGAGAACAAGUCAGUCAUCGCGCCCAUGUUGGACUCUCAGGGAGGGUACUCCAACUACUGGUGUGGCAUCACUCCGCAGGGAUACUACCGUCGGACAGCUGAGUACUUCCCCACCCGUCACCGUCACAGGGUGGGCUGCUUCCCGGUGCCCAUGGUCCACAGCACCCUGCUGAUGGACCUGAGGAAGGAGGGCAUGAAGAAACUGGCUUUCUACCCCCCUCACGAGGACUACUCGUGGCCCUAUGACGACAUCAUCGUUUUCGCCUUCUCCUGCCGGGCUGCAGAGAUACAGAUGUACCUGUGUAACAAGGAGCGCUACGGCUACCUGAACGUCCCGGCCAAACCUCACCAGACCCUGGAGGACGAUCGCAUCAACUUUGUCCACGUCCACCUUGAGUCCAUGAUCGACGGUCCCCCGAUGCAUGCUUCACGCUUCGUCCACGUAUUCCCAAAACAGAGGGACCUCAUGGGUUUUGAUGAGAUAUAUCUGAUCAAUCUGAGGCGGCGUCCCGACCGCAGAGACAGGAUGCUGUUCUCUCUGAACGAGCUGGAGAUUGACGUCAAGGUUGUAGACGCUGUUGAUGGAAACGCCCUGAACAGCAGUGACAUCAAGAUCCUGGGCGUCGACCUGCUGCCAGGCUACUACGACCCCUUCUCUGGGCGCACCCUGACCAAAGGAGAAGUGGGCUGCUUCCUCAGUCACUAUUUCAUCUGGAAGGAGAUGGUGGACCUGCAGAUGGAAAAGGCGCUGAUCUUUGAAGACGACGUCCGGUUUCAGCCCAACUUCAAGCGGCGAGUGCUCAGACUGAUGGAGGAGGUGGAACAGGUGGAGCUGGACUGGGACAUCAUAUACCUAGGCAGGAAGCAGGUGAAUCCCGGGAACGAGGAGCCGGUGGAGCACGUUCGGAACUUGGUGGUGGCUGAUUAUUCGUACUGGACGCUGUCGUACGCCAUCUCGCUGCAGGGAGCCUUAAAGCUGCUCAACGCUGAGCCGCUUUCCAAGAUGCUGCCUGUCGACGAAUUCCUCCCCAUCAUGUAUGACAAGCAUCCCAAUGAGGACUACAUGUCCCAUUUCCCCAACCGAAACUUGCAAGCCUUCAGCGCGAGCCCCCUCCUGGUCCAGCCUUGCCACUACGCCGGUGAUCCCCAGUGGCUGAGCGACACGGAGACGUCGACCCUGUGGGACGAUGACUCGGUGAAGACCGACUGGAGGGGUUCCCACAAGACCCUGAAAGGGGCCGCGCCCCAAAUGUUGUCAGCUGCCUACAGGGAUGAACUUUAGUGCGGCGCAGACGUAGCCGCGGAGAGCGUGCGGGUCAAAAGGCCGCGAGGUCAGAGGGACAGAUGCUGGGCGGAGAGGGCGUUCUCAGACUUUAUUUUCGGUCCACUCCGUGUCAAACCACUGACCUGAUCGGUGCCUUUCAGAAUGAACUUUUAUUUUUUCCCAAAGUAUUUUAUGCAUCAUCACUUUUAUGGUACGAGAAGAUUUUUUUUGGGGGGGGGACAAUAACUUAAAUAGUAAAUAUUGAGGCUGUUUGUAAAAAGAAAAGCAACAACAACAAAAAAAAAAACACUUGUACAGAUGUUUUAGCGUUAUAAAUGCGUGAACUUGCACAGCAGACUUUUCAUGAAAGCAAUCCAACGUUUAGAAUGUUUUUUUUGUUUGUUUGUUUGUUCAGACAUUUAGGUUAAGUUGUUUCAUCCGGACACUUUAUAUAGUUUGGAUGUGGGAUGUCUAGAUGAGACACUUUUUCUUUAAAUGUUCGCUUGUGGCCGCGUGUGCUUGGGAUGAUUGCAUGUUCAUAACCGUACUUGCAGAGCCUUUAAUAGGAAACCAGGGAGGUGGCUUUCCGAUGACUAAUCUGUCGGUGACAGACUGAGGUUGACGUAGCUGCACUGUUGGCUUCACAACUCCGGGAAACCCUGGACAAAAGUCACACUUUUAUAUGUUCUUUUUUUUUUUUUUUUUAUCUCCAUUUACCUGUCCGUCUUUGCAUUUCUAACAGAGUCCAACACAAAGCCACAUGUUGACUGAUCAAUCAGGAUUUGCAUUUCUCUUAGUAAUAACUCAUGUACCUCAGCUAGUAUUUUGUUAGUGACUCUAACACGUUGAAUGUGAAGCUUUUUCAGAAUGCUUCUUUUAUUAUCAGGUUAAAGUGGUAUUUCAGGUGUGGGGGUUGUAUGCGAUACUUAUCCAUAGUCGUUAUGUAACACCUUUAUUCAGAGAGGCAAACAGGUGAACUGGCACAGAAGUCAAGAAAUGGUCUUGUGUGGACAAUGCCAACAAACUAAACCAGACACGCCAGAAAAUUCACAGAAACCCAGAAACUAUCCCUUUAACUUACUUCUUGUGCUACCUUCUUGCCUGUGGCUGCAUUUUAACAAAUUAGCCACGCAAACGGAGCUCCAUGGUCAGAGUUAGUAUACCUGGAUAUUAUUAUAUAUUCUACUCUUGCAAAAUGUUAAAUUAUUAAAAUCAAUCUAUAAAUAAUAACUGUAACUUAAACUACUAAAGAGUUAGGAGGGAAUCUGAAAGACAAAUGUAAUUUAAAAAAGCAAUUAUCUUAGUCAGCUUUACUGUAAUUUCAAGUUGUAUAAAUUGGCUUAAAAAACUGUACAGUAAUUUAACAAGUCAGUCACGGCAUUUAAUAUCAUAUAGUAUGACUUUAGGCAACGUCCAGUAAAAUAAGAGAAGUAAUUAAAUGUGUGUUUGAUAUAUUAACAUGCUACCUUGGUUCAUAUGGUGUUAAACAUUUGUUCAGUUUGUGUAUAACUAUAAGCCAUUUGUGCCUUGUAUCAGAAAUCUCUGGGAUCAGUGGGAUUUAUGUCGCACUAGGAACGUUUUCAAUUUGCAAGUCCAAGUAACCGAUGAUGUAACAGCGAUGUCCCAUGUGGACUUAUAAUACAAACAAUCUCGCCACACUUCCACUUCAUUCAUCAGAAUUAUGAGGGUCUGAUUUCAUGUUCUUUUUUUUUUCUGCAUGUUUCUUUGCCUGUAAAUGUCUUAAUUUAUUUGUUGAGUCUGUUGCGAUGCGGUCCACACAUCAUGUACAGCGUGCAAUCAAGGGGGCCCUUCAACCUCUUUCGUUGCAUUUCAUACAUUUGUAUUCAUGUUGUACAUCGGAAUAAUAGGACGACAGGACAGCAAACUGUUGAGAUGUUAAUAAAAUGUUUUUACACUUUUAA